AUGUCACUGUGGUCUCUACUCAACACCCCAGUCUGGGGUCCUGGCUCUGUCCUCCUCAUUCUGGUCCUCCUGCUUAGACUAAGUGUGCAGGUCUGGCAUAAGUUGUAUCUUUGGGACCUCCAAUGCUGCUCUACGGAUUUGACUGGGAAGAUAGCAGUGGUGACUGGGGCCAACAGUGGCAUCGGGAAGGCUGUAUCCCAGGAGCUGGCCCGCCGCGGGGCACGUGUGAUCCUGGCCUGCCGUAGCCGGGUGCGUGGACAGCGAGCCCUGGCCGAGAUACAAGCGGCGUCAAAGAGCAACCGUCUCCUGCUUGGUGAGGUGGACCUGAGCUCUAUGAACUCCGUCCGAAGCUUCGCUCAGCGGCUUCUGCAGGAGUAUCAUGAGAUACAUCUCCUGGUUAACAAUGCUGCAGUCUGUGGAUUCCCCACUACACUUACCCCAGAGGGCCUUGAUCUCACCUUUGCCACCAACUACACUGGACCCUUUCUGCUCACAAAUCUGCUCCAAGGGGCCCUUCAGCGGGCAGGGUCAGCCCGGGUAGUGAAUGUGUCUUCCUUCCGGCAAGCACAUGGGUACAUUGAUGAGGAACAUCUGAUAGGGGCUGGUAGACCUUUGACCUUCAACCAGAACUAUGACUGCAGCAAACUUCUUUUGGCCUCAUUCACUGGGAAGCUUGCCCAGAGACUGCAAGGGACAGGUGUGACUGUGAACUCUGUGGACCCAGGUGUUGUAUACACGAAGAUCAUGAGGCAUUUCUCUUGGCCAUAUCACUUCCUCUUCUGGCUCCUCAGCUUCUUCUUUAAGGAUAGCAAACAAGGUGCAAUCCCAGUCCUCUACCUGUGCUUGGCAAAGGAGCUGGAUGGCAUUUCUGGAAAACAUUUUAACAGUUCCUGUGUGAUAACUCUUCCCCCUGAAGCUGCUCGGGAUUGUCACGUGGCCCAAAGCCUCUGGAAUACCUCAGUCCGACUAACAAACCUAGACAAGGUGGACUGA